UUAAGAUUGUUCUUGCGGGUGAGGGAAAGUCGUGCCAUGAAAGUUCCGAUAUUCGUUUGUGUGGUUUUCGCGGUGACCGCGGUGUGCGCUGAUUGGGCAGAGGAUGCAUGGCAGGCGAACCAGUUGAUCCCGGAGGCGGCCAGGGUAUUGGCUUUGAAACAUUCGAAGCGCAUGAUUGGGCUGGAGAAAAUCAUCGGUGGUCACAAAGUUGAUGUGAAGAAUUUUCCGUACCAAUUGUCACUGAGAAGCAAUGGAAACCAUAUUUGCGGCGCAUCAGUAAUUUCACGCAACUGGGCUCUAACGGCGGCACAUUGUUUAUACCCGGGGCGGGAUAUCGCGACCAUUACGGUACGAGCAGGAAGCAGCGGUCGGCUGUCAGGUGGGCAGAUCUAUAAUGUGACACAAAUAGUUUUCCAUCCGCAAUACGAUUCAACGAUGUUUGAUAAUGAUGUGGCUCUGUUAAAGGUUGCAGUUGCGUUCAGUGGACCGAAUGUCGCUCCGGUUCUACUGGUUCCGGAAGGAUACGAACCUGUUGAAGGUGUUCGAAGCAUGGUGUCAGGAUGGGGAAGAACGCUUACGGAUUUAAAUUUACCAACAAUGUUGCAUGCUGUUGAUAUACCAAUUGUUGGAAGAACGACAUGUACGCGUUCUUGGGGAGAAGACCUUGUGACUGCUAACAUGAUCUGCGCCGGGCAGGAAGGUCGGGACUCGUGCAACGGAGAUAGUGGAGGACCGCUGGUAUCUGGUGGCCGUCAAAUUGGAGUUGUAUCUUGGGGUUCGACCGAUUGCGGUGGACCACUGCCCGCGGUUUAUACCCAUCUAGGACGAGUAGGCGUCAGAACGUUCAUUCGUCGUUUCAGCGGAGUCUAAAUUUUAAACCGUAUUGUUGGGAGCGUGCGAAAUCGUACUUAUCUUCAGAUAUAUUGCUUCGUUAUCGGUAAAAUGUUUGGUUAUCAAUCAGUAUGAGGAAAACGGAGGCGCAUGCCACCGUUAUUGAAUGUUUUGACGUAUUGUUUUGAUAAGAUAACUACAUUUUAUUGCCAGUAGUAAUUACAGAAAACAAGGUAGAGCUGUAAAAUUAACUGACUAGACAAAAUUGUAGUGUGCAAUUGAAACUGUACUUUUUUCAAGGUAAUGUAGAUGUGGAUUUAUAACUACGAGAUGGCGACUAAAAGUUUAUUACACUCAGUAUUUUUUUUAUUUAAUAAAUGUUUGCAUGACAAUAGUUUUUUAUUUAGUCCGUUCAUUGUACAGUUUGAUUUGCUAGAGGGAUGGAAAACUGCAGUAGGGGAACUCUGGGUAGGACGGACAGGUGGGGUAAGACGGGCACAUGGCUAUUUUA